AUGCUCAUAGGUAUGGCCGAAGCAAGCGAGUAUGAACUCAGAAGAAUAUUAAGCAAUCUGUUGGAAACAACUGCUGAAAACUUUCGCAACGACACGAUUGUUUUAAAAUCGUUCGUUGCUGACACUCUCGGCUCAACAAUGGAACAGUUGCACAGUCAACUACGGAACGACUUCAGCUACAAAUUUCAAGCACACGAACAGUUCUUUAUAAAGUUUUUCUCUACAAUACAGUCAUACUUGUCUGGCACUGUGGAUGCUUUGCCACAGUUAGUAUCCUCGUUUUUCGAUGAACUCCUUUAUCGGAUCACCCAAAUCCUUCUAAAUUCGAAUUCGACAGACACAUACACAGUGUGUGUGAUCAACUCGCUGAGGUCCAAACAACCUUUUCUUCGAAUUCCCUCGGUCAUAACUAACAUGACUAUGGAAGCUUUUCCACCCAUCCGUGUGGCAAUAAACUCCAUGGCCUUCGCUCGAGAGACGCUUCUCGCUGCCUCCAUCACUAUACAUCUCUCAAAUGAAUGCCUUGCUGAAUAUCAACGUCUCAGAUUCUGCAGUCUCUGUGCUGGUGUUAUAAAUGCCAAUUUGUGCGAAUCUGCUUGCUUUCGGUUGGCUGAAAUAUGCACACCCCAGCAAUUGGCUUUGGGCGCACAGUGGGAGAAGUUUAUUGCUGCCCUACAGGAAAUCCUGAAUUUGGUAGACAAGUUCCCCAAAGUCCAUCGUCCUCUUCAAAUGCAUCUUACCGAUGCGAUUAUGAACCUCAAGUCAGUCUACACUCUUCAUGAACAGGAGAUUCUUUCAAACUGUUCGUCCUCCUCGUCGCAAGUCGGAAACGUCACAAGUGCAGGCUCCGACGACAACGGUCAUAGAAGAGGCGGUCAUUGGCCUUUUGGUGGUCAUCGGCGUUCGCGACGCCAGCAGCCACCGGCCUUCUACCAGCCGCCCGUUGUUUACCAACAACCUCUCGGUCACUUGCGAUCCCACGCCUUAGAGGCGAGACCUCUACCAACGGUAGCUCUUGGUGAACAGGGAAUUGCUGGCCUCCAAGUAUGGGCACGUGGUGUCAAACAGCGAGUAGGUCUCUCUCCUUCAGUUCCCUUGUAUGACUGA